AUGUUGACGAGUGCUCACGAACCUAAAGUGAUAGAAGCUGGUCGCAUAAAUCAUAUUACAGGAUCGCAGAAGUUAAAACCAGUAUGUGUGUUGCAGAUUACAACAUCAAGAUGGGUUCUGUGGACCGUGUUGGCAUGGUUUUAAGCACGAUUAAUUCAACUAGAAAAUGUCUAAAACGGUACAAAAAGUUUUCUUUCCAUUUAUUAGACAUUUCAUUAUAUAA